AUGAAUGCAACAAAGGAGUCUCUUGAUAUCAAAGUUGCAGAAAUCAAAUCUUUGAUGUUGGAAGAAGAAGAGAAGAUGAAGGAAAACUACAAAUUGUUGCAUGGCAAAGUAGAUGUGAUUGCUGGUGCCAUAACUUAUUUGGUUGAAUUCAACAAUGAAUAUACAAAGCAGCUUCAAGUUAAGUCUGAGAAUGAUGAAAUGGUGUUUGAGAAAAUGGAGGAAUUCCUAUAUGGUAUUAAAGAAACUUUAUCAAAGGUGUACAUUUCGAAUCAAUCAACCAUCUCUCAAGAGUCAAUAUCAAAGAUGGUUAUGAAUAUUGAGUUGAAUAUCAAAGCCAUGAUGGAUCCAAUCCUUAGUUUGGUACUUCGUUUACCAACUAAUGCUCCACGUGGUGUGCAAGUAUUGCAAAGGGGAGAUAGCAAAGUUAGAGGAGCUGGAUCUUCCAAAGUUCCUGGUGAUGAUACAUCAUUCAUGGUUGGGAAGGUUAUUUCGACUCAAAUUCCAACAAUAAUCCCCAUGAAGCCAAUAAUUGUAUCUUCGACAACAAUAACUACAAAAACACAUGUGUCGAGAGUGUCAUUGAAAGUUAUUUCGAUUCAAGAGGGUGAAGGACGUUUGAGUAAAGCUCUUGUCAAAACUACUUCACCAGUUGAUCUGAAAGACAAAUGUAAGUCACAGAGAUAUUGA